CGUCUUUCUCUCGCCUGAGUAUCAGUGACAAAUUUCCACCGUUCUCACUGGGACGCUUGUCCUCUUCUAUUUUGCCCGCCGGGCACUCUACAGGAGGGGCACCUGUACAUCGGCUUACUUUCAUCGCCCAGCCUUGGGCAACAAAUCUUCCUGGUACCAUCGAGAAGUUUGUUUGCGUUACCCCGGAGUGUUGUGCCUCGUGUUCUGGCUUGGAGAAAAGCCUCCUUUGUAGCAUUGUUUAAGUCAUCUGCACACUCUUCAAGUUGGUAAAUUAAUAUUAAACAAUGCAAGCUGCAAAUGCAAUUCAUGUAUCAGAGGCCUGGUGGAUCGAGGCAUGCAAAAAAGUUAAGAAUGCUGUUGUGUUUCUUGACAACAACACAGCAGAAUGUCUUCACUGGAGUGGGGGACUUACGAGAUUGGUCAAUGCAGGAGCAAAAAAUGUAAAAGAGUUUUCAUCUUUUGAGAGUGGUAACAAGGAUGACAUCAAGGCAGUGUUCAUGGUGAGCACUGCCCUUCGGGACACUACCACCAUCGUAUUGCAAGACAUUAUCAAAGCAUCCAGGUUUCAGUAUUGCAUUAUUAUAACUUGUGCCCACCCCAGUGUCCAUGCUUAUGCUCGCUAUGGUGGGCGAGAAGUAGAUGAAAGCCUUCUGAUGAGCGAACUGGAACAAGAUAUAUUAUCCUGGAUGGGUAAUAUGACAGCAUCUAACAAAGUAUCACUGGUGUUGAUUGACCGGACUUUGGAUUUAGUAGUUGCUUCCAGUCAUAGAGCCGAGCCUCUAAUGGGACGGAUAUUGUCUCUCCUGCCACGACUCUAUGAUCAUCAGCUGGAUUCAGCAGUAAGCAUGGCCCCUCUAUGCAAGGUUCAUCCGUCGAGUGAGUGGACGCUGGUUCCAGGAUGCCUUGCCCCACAAGGAAAAGAAAUUCGAGCAUCAGCUGUGCUCAACUCCUUAGUAAUGUCAUCAGGAAAAGAAGCUCUCUCUCUUAUAAAUAAAUAUCAAGGACUGGGUGUGGUGGAGACUCUCUGUGAUCCCCGGUAUGUUCAUCUUGAUCAACUGUUGAGCUUGGAGAAACGUCUCUUACAGUCUAUUGGAGACCCAGAGGAAACACUUCCAUUUACACAGAUCUUCCAGCUUCUCAAAACCCGAGGAACACAUGGUGUAACACUGGAUGAUAUACUUACACUGAUGGUGUAUGUGGCCUCAUUGGGUGGUCCUGAUGUGUUCACACACAAGGAUGAAUAUGCUCUUACCAAUCGUCUUUCUCAUGCCAUUGUUGAAGAUAAGAAGUUGCUCUCUGAUGUCCUUCUCCAGCUUGAUCUUAUUGUACAUCCAACAGUUGGUCAAGAAGUCGAUGAGGUGUCAGCUUUGAGGAGUGCCCAGUGUAUUGCUGAGCAGCUGCAUGCUAUUGCUAGUGCAAGAGAUCAUUUGAAGAAUUACAAGCACCUGCACAUCCCAGGAGACAGUGCCCAGCCUGCAUCAUACCAGAGCCUCUUACAGAAGUUAGUGUAUGACUGUCUAACUGCUCCUCAAGCAGAGAUCACUGACUUGGAAUACAAAUCUGCUGGUUUCAAAGAUCUUAUAAAAACUGGAUUUAGGUAA